ACCUAAUUAAUACUGUGCAUUGUUUCUUUCUUUUACAAGACAUGCUUUCAUGCUGUUACAUAUUUUACAUUUUGGAAUCGAGAGAAGUUGUAUUGAAUCGAUUCAGUAGAUUCCCAACAUUAGAAUCAGUUGUCCGUUUAGAUCAGGGAGUCGAUUCCAAAAAAAAAAUCCCCCGUCUCCAGGCAUCGUAAAUCGUUCCAAUUCUAAAGCGUUCAAAACAAAUUAAAAUGUAAAAAAUAUAUAUAUUUAAUAAUUCACUGAUCUUCAGUAACCUUGCCAUAAAACCAGCCUGUGAUGUAUUUUAUUGUGUGGAAUCGAUUGUUUUGAUGCUUAGAACCGACUCCGUAAAUUUCUAACAUAAGCAUCAGCUUCGACUCCCCGCGUGCACGCUACUUUAACGCAUGCGCAUAUUACUCACAGCGCAGCACGGCACGCGCAAUGGCUAAAUAACAAAUAGUCUCCCGCUGCCUACGUAGGCGCACUAUGUAGGGGAUACAAUAACGGUUUCAACUACCUAUGUAGUGCACUAUAGUUUCAAAAGACACCCAGUUGAGAUUCAGCCAACCAAACUGUAAGGUGAAGUUACAGAAGCUAGCAGUGGUUAAAUUUAAAACACCUUGCCUUCGGUGCUCUAAUGUCAGGAAUUAAGUGUUCGUUAAAACGUUGAGUGUAAGGCAAGUUCUUUUUAAAAAAGCCCCGAAUUAGGAAGUUGAAAAGUAAUUUAUGGUAGUUAUAUAACUUGGCUAACACAGUCCCCGGGGUUUAUUUUUAACUCUGAGUAGUUAAACUACGACAGGAAGUUGGUAGACAGCUAGCAAAUGCGCGUGUCAGUUCAUUAGCUUGUACGUGUUGUAAAUAAAAACAGUGUUAAAUUGACUCAGACUAACAUGGCAGGACCCGAGCUGCUGCUGGACUCCAGUAUCCGUGUGUGGGUCGUGUUGCCGAUUGUCUUCAUCACGUUUAUAGUGGGAGUUUUGCGGCAUUAUGUUACCAAACUCAUCCAGAGUGAGAAGAAGGUGGAGCUGGAGCAGGUCUCUGACAGCCAAGUAUUAAUGCGCAGCCGCGUACUGAGAGAGAACGGCAAGUACCUCCCCAAACAGUCGUUCGCCAUGCGCAAACAAUAUUUUAACAACGCUGAAACUGGAUUCUUCAAGACGGUCAAGAGAAAAGUGGUUCCUAAAAAUCCCAUGACUGAUACCAGCAUGAUAACCGACAUGAUGAAAGGAAAUCUCACCAACGUCCUGCCAAUGAUAUUAAUCGGUGGAUGGAUCAACUGGGCCUUCUCUGGAUUUGUCACUACUAAGGUUCCUUUUCCACUGACUCUGAGGUUUAAACCCAUGCUGCAGAGAGGGAUUGAACUGGUGUCACUGGAUGCAUCCUGGGUCAGUUCAGCCUCGUGGUACUUCCUGAACGUGUUCGGCCUACGGAGCAUGUACUCCCUCAUACUCGGACAGGACAACGCCGCUGAUCAGUCGAGAAUUAUGCAGGAACAGAUGACUGGAGCGGCGAUGGCUAUGCCACCGGACCCCAACAAGGCCUUCAAGAGUGAAUGGGAGGCUUUGGAGAUCGUCGAACACAAGUGGGCUCUGGAGGACGUUGAAGAGGAUCUCGUGUCCCGAGACCUGAAUUUUCGAGGACUCUUCAUCCAGAACCGAGAAGGGAAAAUAGUCUAGCACUGUGAUCUCUAAAUGUACACUGAUUGACGGUAGUUAAUGCACUGUUAUGAACACAAAGAUAAACCUCAAUAGAUAACUUAAUAACGUUACUAAUUAUUCUCUCUAUACUGGAUAAUACCGGUGGACGAUUCCACUCCUCCAGACGAAUCGUUAAGCGUAAACAAACUGCCCUUAAAAGCAUUUCAGAGGAGAAGCGGCUCGUACCAGAAGGGGAACUUUUUCAGCAAUUGCCUGUGAACGCGAUGCCAAAAAGUAAGAACGAAGUAAAAACGUGUGGUCUCGUACGUUAGCUUGAUGUAUUUCAGCGCGUCUCUUUUGUGUACGAUGUUUUUUUUUUUUUUUUUUUUGUGGUGUAUUAUACGUCGUCUUCAGUGUUGCCUUGA